AUGGCUGAUCCGGUCGAAUUCGGGUCUGAAUUCGACGACCAGUUCAAUGCUGGCAAGCCAAUUUUUGGUUACACCACCGAGUUUAUCUUCGAUUCCGACGAAGGCAGUCCGCUGCCCACCCUCCCGGACAGCUACGCUGCCGAUUCGAACCACGCCAUGGCAGACGCGCCGCACGACUGCCCAUCACCAUCAGAGGCACUCGGUCUCGUGAGCAGGAGCACACGGUCUUCUGAGAGUCCCCCUGAGUCCAUGUUCGACUCAGCGUCCCCAAAGAGGACAGCAAGCACGGCAUCAACAGGCCCGAUCCUGGGCGAUUUACAGAUGACUACCAGCGGCGGUGUGAAAGCGGACUGGGGUACAAUGGACGGUCUUGGAGGCGGGAUGAAUGUGGAUGACUCGUCGAUGAUACGCGAUCCGUUCGAGUUCCUGAACGACCAUGCCACCGUCAAGCCGAGCCCGAGCCCGAGCAUGCACACCCCGGCCGACACUCCAAGUCCGUUCGGUUCCGGCGCCCCGACCUUCUCGCCAGAGGACACAAUGGCUUCGCCGCCGGGCGGAGCCGGUUUCUCGUUUCAAGCGGCGCGCGAGGACGGUUUUGCUCCCUUCACAUUCGCUUCGCCAGGAGCAGGCGUACGGCCUGAUGCCAUGGCCGGAACACCAUCGUUAUCUUCAGAAACGCUGUGCCUGCGUCAGACGCAACCGCUCCUAUCCCCGCCACUAAAGUACGAGUUCCGCGGCUCGCAGGAGGCCGGAGCUGCCUCUCCCGACAUAACCGGGAUAUUGAGCGCCAUGUAUUCCAUGACAAAUCAGCAGUUCCAGGCGGGGCGGCACUUCUUCGCCGACACCUUGCAUGCGUCGGCACAGCUUCCGUUCGAGCAGCAUCAGUACGGGCCGGGGCCGUACAAGUUAGAUGUUUACACCAACAGCACCAAAUCCAGGGUGGAAACGCAGAUUACAAUCACGCUGAAACUGUCGCAACUUCCAGUUGGCGUCACAAAAGUCCAUCUUCCCCGGCAUACCAUCAGCAAACCCAAGUUCUGGACGAAACCAAUUGCGGCACCCUCCCCAGAUAUGCUUGAACUGCACACCAUGCUCGUAUGUACGAGUGCAAUGCGGGUGCCAGAUUACAGAGCGGCGGCCCUGCGACGCGCUGGACACGCGGCGCACGCAGCGUGGUUGGCCAGGAAACAGGCUGGCCAGAGACGGGCGGCCACAGAAGUUGAGAGUGCUAGCCAAGGGUUCAAGGCGCAAAAGGAGGGCGAGUUCCAAAUCGAGGGUGAUGGUGGUGAACAGCUCAAACCACAGGAGGGAGGUGAAGUCAGGAUCUGCGAGAACUGCAUAGGUAGGGAGACGAAGCGGGCCUCGCGGAAAAAGUCGAAGAAUCCCGAGGACGAAGCAGCUUGGCAAAGGGACGAGGGCAAAAGGGUGAUUGUUUUCAACACGCACGAAGUCAAGGACUGGACCAUACAAAACCCGCCCGAAUCCGGCUCGCGGAGUUACUGGCAGAUGCAGGCGCCGAUGAGAAUUGCCUGUUAUUGCCGGCACCACUCCGAGAAGCUAGGGUUUCAAAUAAUCUUCACCCUGACUGACCACCUUGGUCGGUUCAUCGCCCAGACCAUGUCGCCCUCGAUAAUGAUCACCGACGAUCAUAAAACGAUUCCUCCAAACCCAGCCGUCAGCCUUGGACCAGGUACCCCGGCCACAAUGCUAAGUCCGCGAGAAGAUGCGCAGGUCUUGAGCGUGCCUACUUCCAGAGCUGCGUCGGAGCGACUCCCCAGCGUAGAAAGCACCGAGGCCGCGAGACGCAGUCCAUCGAGCGCAAUCCCCAUCUCGGCUGCGCCAACAGCGCAGCUCCAGCCAGCACCGGCGGCCCAGCAUGCCAGAACCAUGUCACGCCCGCCUUCCCCUUCAUUUUCUGCCGGACCCGCCAAACGACGGAGAGGCAACAAAUCGACGGCCAAGAUAUCCGCCGAUCUGGCCAUGACACCGCUUGACACCUCGUUCGCGCCCGGAUCGCGGGGACCUAACUCGGCCGCGGGUAGCACACAGGCGACGCCAGCAACCUCGUCGUUGCCGCCGACGCCACCCGCAAUGUUCACGUCCGCUGGGGAGGCGCCACUGUUCGGCGGCCAAGGCAUUGCCGCGCCGGAACCGCUAACGAGUGGGUUUGCUGCUGCGCCGCAGACAGGCAGUAACAGCCAGUUCCCGUUGCCUAACCUAAGUAGGACGUCCAGCAUGGCCAAUAUGGCUAUACCCUUUUUUGGGUUGCCGACUUCAACUCGUCCGAACACCGGUUCGAGCCCGAUUGCCUCGCGGCCCGCGUCGAAUGCUGCUACUGGGGGGCAAGCGAGGCCCCAACCGGCCCAGACACCACCCGCGAUCUUCAAGGUCAUCCCCGGCGAGGGACCGGUGGCUGGCGGUAUCGAGGUUACGCUGAUGGGCCAAGGUUUCGUGCACGGCAUGCAGGUCAUGUUUGGCGACAAACAAGCUCCUGGAACGGCGUGCUGGUCGUCAGAGUCGCUUGUGUGCCUGCUCCCUCCAUCCGAGAUGCCGGGCAUGGUACCGGUUACUCUCAAGCACCAGAACGGGCAGGCUUUGAACCUGGCUCCCCAUUUCUUCCGAUAUGUGGAUGACAGCGAGCAGCAGUUGCUGCGCACUGCGCUCAUGAUUCUCGGCAACAAGAUGACCGGAGGCUACGAGGACGUGGCGGACUUUGCCCGCCGUAUAAUCCAAGAAGCUGGGACCAGCUACCCGUCAUCUGGCGGCGACAUGUCUGGCGCGGACGGCUCGUCGAACAACCGUGCUACGGAUAACUUCGAGGGCAACCUCCUGAGGCUGCUGGAGUUGAUGGAUCUCAGCAACAGCACACGAAAGCCUCGGCUCAACCUAAGGCGGUCAACAGGGCAAACAAUGCUGCAUCUAGCUUGCAAGCUGGGGCUGCACCGCUUCGUCGCCGGUCUGCUAGCGCGAGGGGCGAAUCCGGACCGUCGCGACAAGGGCGGCUACACCGCUUUGCACAUGGCGUCCAUGCACAGCCACACCGAAAUCGUGCGGCUGCUGGUCGCCCACGGCGCGGAUCCCACGUUGCGGACACUGUCUGGUCUGACAGCUGCGGACGUGGCGAAAUCAGCGGACGUUGUGCGCAUUAUCCAACACUACAAGCAACAUAGACGGUCGCAGAGCGGCAGUUCCUCCCACAGCCGCGUCGCCAGCACCGCGAGCCUCAAGUCUCUGCGGGCGCAGGCGCCGUCGUCUCGUGCGGUCGAAGACACCUCGAGCGACGAACCCAGGUCUGAAGAAGCGGAGAGCUCCGAAGACUAUUCGGAACCGCCGGUGUCUGAUGAUGCGACCGAUGAGCCGGGGGAUGGCGAGCAGGUUGAGCUACGCGUGCGCCGCCGCAAGAGCGCCGCGAACACGCCGGCGCGGAGGAGGAGUCCCUCCCGCGCUCGGCGACGAGGGACGGAUGCUACGGGCGCGCUGGCUUUGCCAUCGGCUGCCAUGGCGGCCAUCAGGGAGCAAGUGGCCGCUCAGUUCCAGCAACUCCAGCAAAUGAUGGGGCCGCAUCUCCAAUACCUACCACAACUCCCGAACUUUCCCCAGAUGCCCAACAUGCCCCCGUUGCCAGAGUACCAGGUGUUGCAGCGGCUAGCGACUAUGAUCGGAGCCGCAAAGCCAGAAACGGGUGAGGAUGGGCCGUCAAACAAGGGGCAGGCAAGCAUGUGGCAAUACCCCUUACCAUUCUCGGCCAAGGCCGCAACGCCACCUCCUGCGUACGAUGAGAUCUUUCCCCAACAACAACAACAACAACAACAACAACACGGCGAUUUGGACACCAAGCGGUCGGCGGCGGCGCAAGCAGCAGCGGAUGCUGUGGCGGAUGCCAAGUGCGCCGUUCUGUUUGAUCAACCGGUCGGUUCGACAUCGGAGAAUACCCAGACGACGCACGCCGUCGGAAGUGAGACAUGCACGGCAGAAGACAAGAGCGAUGACUCGGAGGGUCAGGAGAUACCUGCACUCCUGCAGAUCGGCCGCAAGGAUGCCAUCACCCGCGAGCAGCAGGCGACGCUUCGACGGGCGCACGCGCAGAAGAUGAAGAAGCUGAGCGGUGACCGGAAUCUGUUCUUUAUCUGGAUUCCACUGCUCAUCCUCAUGAUCGGCGCCAUGAUCUGCCAUGGCACGCCAGGCUUCGUCGCCACGACCCGCAAGGCUGCAUCGCUUGUCGCUGAAGCGCGAACCGGGGUGUCUGCCGCUCACGUAGCUGAGGCGCAUCGUGACGAGGCAGACACUACUCUUGAGGGAAUCGAGGUUGCCGGGCUGUUGUCAUAA